AAGUCAUUGUGGAUCUGAGGCCUACGCAAAGGAAGGAUUUAUUUUCUUGGAUGUGCAACAACUUUCUUGAACAAGAAAACUUCCAUGAGCAGGGAAAGCCACAGCCUCGCUAACGGGUUCUAAGACACAGUAGUCCUGGGCUCUGGACUCUGUCUGCCCUCUCUGCUGUAAGGUAUAUAGGGUUAACCAAGUUUGCAGAAGCCGGCGUCAACAAGGCAGUGAGCCUAAAAGCGCUCGGUCUUCACAUCUCAGGGAGGACCAGAGAGCUUGCUAGUUUCAAACUGCAGAGAAGCAGGCCUUCCAGAAGUGACAUGUCUUCUCCCACGACCUCUGUGCAGCCCUGCACAGGCUCCGGGGAGCUCGAAGCAGGGCAGGCUGACCUCCCAGCAGAGACCCACUGUCCCAUAUGUAAGGAGAACUUCAAGAACCCAGUGACCAUCGAGUGCAGGCAUAAAUUCUGCCUCUCCUGCAUCAGUGCGUUCUGGAAGGAUCUAAAGGAUAAUUUUUCCUGCCCUGUUUGCCACGUUAAUUGUCCAGAAAGGAAUUUUCAGAGUAAUCAGCAACUGAGCAAACUCACUGAAGUUGCCAAGUGGCUCCCGGUAAGAAAGGGCCGGAGGCAAAGGCAGAUAGGAGAACGUUCCAGAGAGGCGCAGCCUUUGGCCCUUUCCUGUGGGCAGGAUCAAGAGGUUUGCUCCCCCAGUCCCACAUGUCACUUUGUUUGGCCCAUGGAGGAUGCCACCCUCUGUCAUAGGAAACAAACUGAGUAUUACAUUAAGCUCUGGAGGGAUAAAGUAGAGUCGGUUGAGAAAGUCCUUGUCACCCAAAGGAAAAGAUCGCUAGAACUGAAGAAAAGGGCAGACCGCAGAAGAGAAGAGGUGACGUCGGAAUACCAACAAUACUGGUUGUUUCUUAGAGAGCAACGAGAGAGCAUUCUUGAGGAGUUAGAAAAUGAAGAGCUAACUGGAUUAUCUAAAAUGCAGGCCAACAUAGAAGAAUUCUCAGAUCACAUCGCUUCAUUGAAGCUUCUGCUGGAGGAGGUAAGGAACAACUGUGUAAAGUCGGAACUGGACUUGCUGGCAAGUGUUAAAGACUCCUACAAGAGACACAAAGCCUUAAAACGCCCUGCGAUCUUCUCGCUCCAACUGACAGAGUAUGGCUACCAGCUUCCUCCACAGUAUUCAGGCUUGGACAGAAUCGUUAAGCGAUUUCACGUGGAUGUACUUCUGGAUCCUGAAACAGCGAACUAUAAACUUAAGAUCUCAAAAGAUAAAAAAAUUGCGCUAUUUGUGAUCACGCAAAGGGUACCACGUAGCCGCAGAAGGUUUUCCGGUUACCCCGUUGUUCUGGGGUCUGAGGGGUACAGUUCUGGCAGACAGUACUGGGAGGUAGACGUGGAGAACAAGCAUCAGUGGCUCCUAGGGAUUUGCCAGGAGCCCUUCCCCAGGAGGAGGGGCAGGAGCUUUAGAAAUCAACAGUUCUCAGUGCACGACAAGUUACGGGGAGUUGGGUUACUCGAUGGGAAAACUUACCUCGCAUUGGGCCGUAAGAUAAUCUAUCUUCUGCCAAAGGUAAACCCCAAUAGGAUUGGCAUUUUUUUAGACUCUGAAAUACAUGAGGUUUCGUUCUACAAUUUGCAUGAUAAGUCCCUUCUGUACAGGUUUAGGGACUGUCCUAGUGGUGCACUUUGGCCUUAUUUCUACACUGGGGAAGAUGGCAGGCCCCUGAAGAUCUGCACACCCAAAGACCUUGAGUGCUGAGAGGCCA